AUGAUCUAUUGUCAUCCAUCUAAAUCCAUCUAUCUAUCCAUAUCUUUCAUCCAUCUAUCCAUCAUCUAUCCCAGUCAAUUUAUUAUUCAUCCAUCCAUCUAUCUAUCUAUCCAUCCAUAUCUAUCAAUCCAUUUACAUCCAUCAUCUAUCUAUCUAUCUUUUCUCCAUCUAUCCCAUCACAAUUGUUUGGAUUUAUUUAAAAAAUCAUUUAUACUCAUUAAUCAUUAUCAUCUAUCUAUCUAUUUAUUCAUCAAUCUAUCUAUCUAUCUAUCUAUCUAUCAUCUUCUAAAUCUAUCUAUCUAUCUAUUAAUCUAUCUAUCUGGAAUCUUUAUUUUUUUAUUCAUCUUUUUAAUCUAUGUAUUCAUUUAUCUUUUUUUUUUUGCGCUUUUGUCCCUUUUUUGUCUAUCUAUUUGUCUCCUUAAAACCAGUUUGUUAACCACUAAAACCAGGGCGAGGCGCAUCUUUAUAAAAAAUUUAAUCAUCGUCCCUUCUUCUUUUCUCAAAUUCUGCCUUAUAUGCCAUAUAUCUAUUAUCUAUCUAUCUAUCUAUCGCAAAAUACUUUCCUUCCGCAACCGUUCGUUCCUAUUGUCAUUUGUAGAAAUUUUCUUCCAAUCUAUCAUCUAUCUAUCUAUGUCAACUAUUGAUAUCAUACUUUCAUCUAUCUAUCUAUCUAUCUAUGUCAGUCUAUUGAUAUCUAUCUAUCUAUCUAUAUUAUAUCAGUUUAUUGAUAUCCAUUCAUUCAUUGGUCUAUCUAUCUAUUGA